AUGUCUAUUGACGCGAAUUCAGACACAGAAUUGACAGUAAAAGAGUUGAUCACAAAAUCCAAUGCAUUGGCGAUGGCUUUGUUGGAGAAGGGGAUCAAUAAAUCGGAUAUUAUUCUUACUUUUGCCGAUAAUUCAAUUGAAUUGGUUAUCGCAAUGUUUGCGAGCGUAUGGUUGGGCACAACUAUCUGCCCAAUCAGUCCCAUCGCUAAUAUUUACGAAAUGGAGGGCCAUUUGGAAACAUUGGAAUCUAUGGUAAUCUUCACGUCAACAACUAAAGCCGAAAUCAUAUCCAAAGCGUUAGAAAACAACAAAAUAAAUGAUUGCGUGAAAUUGAUCACUAUAUUGGACGGCACUUAUGAUGAUUACAUCGAUUUUAGUGUAUUACUUAAACAGGGAUCCAAUCAAAUGUUGCCAACCAUACCAUUCUUUACUGUCGAUCCCGUGAAAGAUAUAUUCAUAAUGUUACAAAGCUCUGGGACUACAGGAGUGCCCAAAUCAGUGUUACACACACACUAUGGUUACUAUUUGUUAAUGUCUGGCUUAACAUUUUGGACUCCGGGAGAGAGACCCGUCUUUGGGAACAUAACUCCGUUCGGGAGUGUCUCGGGUUCGGGCUUUUUAUUUCGCUUAUUAACGACUGGAGUGGUCGUCGUUAUAUACAGCGCUUUAGACGAUCAGUUGAUUGUUGAGAGUAUUGAGAAAUACAAAAUCACAUUCAUGUUUAUAACGCCCCCAUUGGGACACCGACUCAUCGACGGACAACUCGUUGAUAAUUACGAUCUCUCGAGCCUUCAGUUCGUGACUGUCGGCGGUUCUGCCUUUUCAGCCACAGUUGCCGAGACAUUGGUUCGCAAAUUUAAUCUCAAAUUCACUCAGGGGUAUGGAAUGACCGAAUAUGGUGCGAUUACAGAUUUUCUUGGUUCGGAUACUAAUGAAUUGAUCGAGGGCAAUUUAGGUCCACCCAAUAUUAACACCGAACUAAAAGUGAUUGAUUUGACAAACGGAUCAAAUUUAGGGCCCGAUAUUGACGGCGAGAUCUGUGUUCGCGGACCGUCAAUGUUUGCCGGAUAUCUAAACAACUCGUUGGCCACCAAUGAAGCCAUAGAUAGCGAGGGAUGGCUUCACACCGGAGAUAUCGGUCAUUAUGACCAACAAAAUCGCUUAUUUAUAACCGAUAGACUCAAAGAACUGAUCAAAUUUCAACGAAUGAAGACUUCACUCAAUUUGUUGAUGUAUUUGGCGAUCAAAAUCGAGUUCUUCUUCACGUCUUCGGCGACCCUAUCGGUGGACCACUGUUUGCAACAAUUGUCUCGAUUUAACGCAUUGGAAGAGUUGUCACUUCAUUUGAACAUUACUUUACAGCCAUUGCGAAGACUUGACCAACAGUUUGAAGAAUUGGCUAAAAAGUGCAAACAAUUAACUCGUUUCCGGUUAGAAGUGGUGACAACUCAAGCCUUUCUCGACACUUUGAUCACCAAUGAUUGGUUCAGUAUUUUGGGACACUUUGUGUCAAUAAAAUGGUUGAGAUUUGCGCUCAUUUUUGACGGGAAGUGCGAACAGAAGAACUAUUUGAACAAAUAUGUGGGAAGUGUUGAGGCGUUGAGACACUGUUCACAACUGCAACGAUUAUAUCUAGUGAUCAAACAUAUCAAUGACCAGACAUUUGACGAAAUAGGCGUCCAUUUACCGCAACUCCAGUCCCUGCGUCUGGUUUGCAGCUAUUGUGUGAUAACUGAUCUCACAUUCCGCUCGCUGUCAGCGCUUCCAGCGCUGCGACGGUUCGCUAUUCUCGACGGUUCGUCACACGAGUGGCGGUCCAUCGGCGACGACGCCGUCUGUCAGCUCAUCGAUAAUAAUGAAAGCGUUAGAUCUGUUGAAAUCAAUUGCUUCUCGACUAUCGGUUGCCAAUCGAUUGAGGCGUUCAUCACUCGGGCGGAGACCUCUCCUCACAGACAGCUGUGUUUCGCCUUCAAAGACGACUUCAAUAUAAUCAGCGAUCUCUUCGGUCCGGAGUUUAUUCCCAAAAAUCUAGAGCUCAAGAGAGUAUGUGAUUUGAAGUCAUUGUUUCAAAUGGCGACCAAUUCAUCGGUGGUUAAGACCGAAGACAAGAAGACGACCGGCGAUGACAACAAGGAUUGGCUUUCGUUCAAAAGUUUUGACGACAAGAAAGUGAUUGAAUUGAAUGAAGAGGUGAUUGAAGUGAACGAAGAGGUGAUUGUGUCGACCGAUGGACGCAAUGACCGAAGAGAUCACAAAAGAGACCACAAAAGGGAUCGCAAGAAGAGAUCAAAGAGUCGUAAGAGUCGUUGCCAUCGAUUGGCGAACAACGAGAGAUCAAAGUCGAGGCCAAACCACAGAAGACACGACUCGUUGUCGUCGACCACUAGUUCUCACAAUAUUUCCCAAUUGUUGGCGAAGAAGACAUUCAUUGAAGAGACGGGUCUUUCGCCGCAAAACGCGUACAGAAUUGACACCAAAAGAGACUCAAAUAAUUUGGCGUUUAAUUCAUUGUAUUAUAAAAAUGUCGCGAAUUAUGAGAAAAACAAAACAAUUAAUAUAUCGAAGAGAAAAAGGCAUCAAAACGACGAUUCUGUCAAAAAUCAUAAGAAGAAGAAAAUGAGAUAUUUUUCACUCGAAAAUCUAUUAUUACUGAAGAAGAGUCUCAAAGAGUCCACAGAUUUGUCGAAACCAGUGAUGAGACCAAUGAGAGAACCGUUAGAUUUCAUUGCAAUUAAAGCCAAUCAACCUUUCAGUCAGUUAUUGACGACUCAAUCAAACACUAAUCCAUCGAAUCCUUUGGGAGUUUACGACACGAAGACUGCUCUUUGGUCUGAAGGAAAGGGAGGUUUAGAUGAUAUCCCUAUUCCUGAGUCGACUCUCAAAUUCCAGUCAAUGAAAGACAAAACAUCUAAAAAUGAGACAAUUGGCGCGAAUCGAUGUCCGACUCGUGAGCAAUAUAUUUACGAUAAAACACAAGAAUUUAACGCAUAUUUGAGAGACAAUGAAUUGGAUGUCGAGAAAUGGCUUCAAUUCAUAGCAUUUCAGGACAAAUGCGUGGAAACGACGGAUCAUUUGAAAGACAAAAUCGAUGGCAAAACAUAUGAUGUGUUUAUUAAUGAGAAGAAACUUUCCAUUUGUGAGAAAGCGUUAAGUUUUAAUUCGCAAUCAAUUGAUCUGUUGUUAUGUCGACUCGAAAUUGUGUCCAAUAUUUGGGAUUUCGAUAAAGUGGUCAAAGAGUGGAAACUUUACGAGAAAUGCAUUGAAAUGCUGUCAAAAAUGUUGGAAAAGACUUUUAUAAGUCAUUCGCCGCCCAAAGACUUGGAGAGAGAAUUGGAUUGGAAAUCACUGUUUGAGCCGUUUUGGGACAGCGGUUGCCCUCGUUUUGGGGAAAACGGAUCCAUCGGUUGGUCUCAAGUGAUGGCUAAGAAAAAUGUGGGAAAUAGUGAACAAAUGGAUCCACAAAUCGAUUCUCUUAUCGAUAAAGAAGAGAAUCAAAUCAUUUCAGAGAAAAGUCAUAAGAAUAUCGUUUGGCUUAAGUUUGAAUUAUUGAGACAACGGUUCCAUUGGCUUCCGGUUCGCACUGACACUGACAUCGACGACACGGAAAGGAUUGUCUCAAGUGAUGAUAAAUUCAGUUCGCAACUCAACAAAACGCCGCUUUUAUUUACACUAAAACAAAAUGAAACCAUUCAAUACGAAAAGAGCAGAACUGAUGGCAGAAUGAGUGCCAAAGAAAUGCGAAAAUUCAAAACAUCUUUAAGUCAAGCGUUGAGUUGUUUUGCGGCGAAAAUAAAUAGCAGAACUGAUGGCAGAAUGAGUGCCAAAGAAAUGCGAAAAAUUCUCAAAAACUUCUUAAGGGAUGAGUUGUUCCGAAACGAUCUGAACGUGUGA